UGCAUUCUUUGGAGGCCAGAGGAAGGCGGAGUGGGCGUGGCCGGCUCUUUCAUACCUCUUCUUGGUAGUGGUCAGAGUGUGGGAAGAGGAGCCCUGAGCUGGAAUCCGUGGAAUUCCGUGGUUCUAGUCCUCUGCCUAGGACUGGUGACGAUGUGGGACAGGUGACUUGCAAACAUGUUCCCCCUUCUUUCGUGUGUGGCUGAUCUGCAGGAAGGUGUUGAGGGUCUGAUGCAGUCACUACAUGUUGGGGGCCUUGUAUUCUGUUUCCCGUGGAGCAGCAUCAAAGCAUUGGAGAUACCCAGUGGGCCCAUGGAUCACCAAACCUUGUUCUGAGGACAGAAACCAAGUCUUCCUGACUAGUCUGUCUGAGGACGAACUGUCCUGAAGUCCACAGCCUCCCUGGAGUAACAUUCUUGGACUGAUGUCUUGAAUGUGAUGUUGGGCUAUCACUUCCCAGAGGCAAUUUAGAUCCUCAUCAGUCUGUUUUGAAUCGAAUUUAGACAAUCGGACUCAUUACUCAUCUUUACUUCCUCACCAAGGUCAAGGUCAAAUUAAGCUCCUGCAUGGAAGGGUCACGUCUUGUUCUUUGUGUCCCGAGUUCGUAGCACAGGACCUGACAUGAGCAUUUCCUCAGUAACUUUUAGCGGGCUGAGCUGAGGGUCACCAGCACAGGGGUGCCGAAUUUUUGUUGAUGACCCUGGUACAUUGCACGGAGCUGUGCCGUUUUCGAGGUCUCGUCAUAUUCAUGACUAUUGAGGAUUUAAAGGCUCAUUUGGAUCGUAAAUGCGGCCGAAAUUAAAUGUGAAUGUGAACAGCUUCCAAAGGAAAUUCGUGAAUGAAGUCAGAAGGUGUGAGUCGAUGGAGAGGAUCCUGCGUUUUCUGGAAGAUGAGAUAAAAAACGAGGUUGAUGUUCAAUUGCCGGACAAGUGCCCCCCGACCCCACUUCCCCGGGAGAUGAUCGCCCUGGAGACUGUUCUAGAAAAACUGGAAGGAGAGUUACAGGAAGCCAACCAGAACCAGCAAGCCUUGAAGAAAAGCUUUCUAGAACUGACUGAACUCAAAUAUCUCCUGAAGAAAACCCAGGACUUCUUCGAGACGGAAACCAGUUUACCUGAUGACUUCUUUACUGAAGACACCUCUGGUCUCCUGGAAUUAAGAGCUCUGCCCGCGUACAUGGCUGGAAAGCUGGGGUUCACGGCCGGCGUGGUAAACAGGGAGAGGAUGGCUUCCUUUGAGAGGCUGCUGUGGCGAGUUUGCCGAGGAAACAUCUACUUGAAGUUUAGUGAGAUGGACACGGUUCUGGAGGACCCGGUCACAAAAGAAGAAAUUAAAAAGAAUAUGUUCAUCAUAUUUUAUCAAGGAGAGCAGCUCAGACAGAAAAUCAAGAAGAUCUGUGAGGGGUUUCGAGCCACCAUAUACCCCUGCCCAGAGCCUGCGGUGGAGCGCAGAGAGAUGCUGGAUGGUGUCAAGAUGAGGCUAGAAGAUUUAGCCACCGUCAUAACACAAACCGAGUCUCACCGUCAGAGGCUCUUGCAGGAAGCGGCGGCCAGCUGGCACUCCUGGGUCGUCAAGGUGCAGAAGAUGAAGGCCAUUUACCACACCCUGAACAUGUGCAACAUCGACGUCACCCAGCAGUGUGUCAUCGCCGAGAUUUGGUUCCCCGUGGCAGACGCCGGGCGCAUCAAGAGGGCGUUAGAGCAGGGCAUGGAAUUAAGUGGCUCCUCCAUGGCCCCCAUCCUGACAGCGGUGCAAUCUACAACAGCUCCUCCCACAUUCAACAGGACCAAUAAAUUCACAGCUGGCUUCCAGAAUAUCGUCGACGCAUAUGGCGUUGGCAAUUACCGGGAGAUAAACCCAGCUCCCUACACCAUCAUCACUUUCCCCUUCCUGUUUGCCGUGAUGUUUGGAGACUGUGGUCACGGGACCGUGAUGCUCCUGGCUGCCCUUUGGAUGGUCCUUAACGAGAAACGUCUGCUCUCCCAGAAGACGGACAAUGAGAUCUGGAACACUUUCUUCAACGGGCGCUAUCUCAUCCUGCUCAUGGGUAUCUUCUCCAUUUACACGGGUUUGAUUUACAACGACUGCUUCUCCAAGGCUUUCAACAUCUUCGGCUCUUCUUGGAGUGUCCAGCCCAUGUUCAGAAAUGGCACAUGGAAUAUGGAGGUGAUAGAAACAAAUCCACUUUUACAGCUGGACCCGGCUGUCCCAGGAGUAUACUCUGGAAAUCCAUACCCCUUUGGGAUCGAUCCGAUUUGGAACUUGGCUUCAAACAAACUGACGUUCUUGAACUCCUAUAAAAUGAAGAUGUCGGUCAUCCUGGGAAUUGUCCAGAUGGCUUUCGGUGUCAUUCUGAGCCUUUUCAAUCACAUAUACUUCAGGCAAACGCUCAACAUCAUUCUGCAGUUUAUUCCCGAGAUGAUUUUUAUGCUGUGCCUGUUCGGAUACUUGGUUUUCAUGAUCAUUUUCAAAUGGUGCCACUACGAUGUCCACAUGUCCCGAAAAGCCCCGAGCAUCCUCAUCCACUUCAUCAACAUGUUCAUGUUUAACUACAGCGACGCUUCGAAUGCACCCCUGUACGAACACCAGCGAGAAGUCCAAAGUUUCUUUGUUAUUAUGGCUUUGAUUUCUGUGCCAUGGAUGCUUCUGAUUAAGCCGUUUAUUCUUAGAGCCCGUCAUCGGACAUCCCAGCUGCAGACCUCUAGGAUCCGAGGACACUCCCCUGAGGACAUCGACAGUCACAACUCCAGUCCUUCCAUGAGUGCUGAUCACGGGGCUUCUGCCAGUGCCCAUGGGGCCCAGGACGACCAUGAAGAAGAGUUCGAUUUCGGAGAUGUCUUCGUGCAUCAGGCCAUCCACACGAUCGAGUACUGCCUGGGCUGCAUUUCCAACACAGCCUCUUACCUCCGGCUCUGGGCCCUCAGCCUGGCUCAUGCAGAACUGUCGGAGGUGCUCUGGACCAUGGUGAUGAACGUCGGCCUUCACCUGCGAGGCUGGGGAGGACUCAUCGGGGUCUUCAUCAUUUUCGCCAUCUUUGCCGUUCUGACAGUAGCCAUCCUGCUGAUCAUGGAGGGGCUCUCGGCCUUCUUGCACGCCCUGCGCCUGCACUGGGUGGAGUUCCAGAACAAGUUCUAUGUCGGGGCUGGUUACAAGUUUUCUCCGUUCUCCUUUAAAAACAUCCUGGAUGGGACGGCGGAGGAGUAAGCUGCAGGCCCGGCAGCGGCUGCCCCCUCCCGCAUCAGCCUGUGUCAGGUGGUCGCUGGGAGGACUCUUUCCAGCCAGCCCGAGGCAGGAAGCCACGUCUUAGUUACCAGCCCUGGGAUCUGAUGUGACUUCACCAUGUCCUAGAGAAACUACGUUGGCAAGUCAUUGCAACUUCACGUGGGGUCUUAAUUGUCAAAUACCAAAAUGAUUGAGAAGCGGAGGGGCCGGGGGGUGGGGCGGCGCUAAACUCGUGUGUUCUGGCAAUAUUUUAAGUAUUAUAUUUAAGCAAAUAAACUUCUGGGCCAUUCACUUUUU